AUGAGUAGUUCAGUUCAUUCCCCUCCUUCAGCUUCAUCGGAUGUGGUUCUUUUACCUCAUCCAUUAAAUCAUGUUAAUCAUAAUCAUACAGAAUCAUCAUCAACAACAAAAACACUUAAACGAAGUCGAUCACCAAGUUUAACACGAGAUAAUGAUGAUGAAACAAAUGAUUCUCCAAUAAUUACAAAUACACCAACAAAGAAAAGUCGAAAAAAACGAAAUACAACAGAUAUUGAUCAAAGUUUAGGACGACAUUUAUCAGCUGAUAAAUUACAUAUUUAUCAAUGGCCUAUUAAUGAACCACAUGCUGAUUUACAUGUAUUACAAGAACAAAUUUGUGAUUAUUUAUCAUUGAAAUCAUUUAAAAGAAAAUAUCCUGAUAUUUCUCGAAGAAUUGUUGAUUUAAAUGAAAGAGAAUAUUUAAAAUCACAAAAUGUUGUUACUGAAGCACAAUGUGAUCUUGGUUUAACAGCACUUAAACUUGAUGAAGUACUUGAACUUAUGUCAGCUGAUUAUCCAGAAAAAUGUCAUCAAUUCAAUCAUGUAUGGCAACAAAAACGUCGUACACUCUUAGCAACAAAUAAUACAAAAAUUAAUAAUAAUAGUACAAAUCCCAUUCUUUUAUCUGCAUCUAUUUCUAAUCAAUUAUCUUCAUCAUCAUCAAUGUCCAUUGCUCAAUCAAUAAAUUCACUUGAUAAUGGAGAUAAAAAUCGUUCGUCUAAAUUAUCUAAUACAAUUCGAAAAGAAUUACUACGUUCAACAGUUGAAUAUAAUACACAAUUACAACGUGAACGAAUUCAAGAUCGUAAAGCAUGUUUUGAUCUUCAAACUAUGCAAAUUCAUUAUCCAUCUAAUCGACAAUUUCGUUUACCAUCUUAUUUAACUAAAAUUGGUUCUUAUCCAUUAGCACUUUUACCUGGACAAUAUCAAGAUUCAUAUAUAAAAUAUAAACCCGAAGAACUUAAAUAUAUGCCUAUUAAUACAGCACUUUAUUAUUAUCCAAAACCACUUUCACUUGUUCAUACAGAACGUUUUUCUCAACAGGGAACAUCAAGUGAUGAAGAAGAUGAAAGUACCUCAACAACUCGACUACCACCAAUUUCAAAUCCUUCAACACCACAAUCACCAAUUAUAGUCAAUGGAAUCAGUAGUAAUGGUCCAUCAUCAAUUCGUAUAACAAAACCAUCUACACCGAUUUCAAUGAACAGUCAUUCAAAUGUAGUAUGUCAUAUGUGUAAAACAGGUGACGAUGAAAAUGAUGAAGAAUUAGUUACAUGUACAAGUUGUCAUCAUCGUUAUCAUCCAGUAUGUCUUGAUGUUAAUACUGAUAUGUUAACUAUAAUUAAAACAUAUCCAUGGCAAUGUAUUGAUUGUAAAAGUUGUGCAAAAUGUAACACGACACAUGAUGAAGCUAAUAUGAUGUUCUGUGAUCGAUGUGAUCGUGGUUAUCAUUCAUAUUGUGUCGGUCUUGAAGCCAUUCCAGAUGGAUCAUGGCAAUGUUCAGCUUGUGAUCCACCAGCUCCUCCACCUCCAUCAUCUUCACCAGCACCAGUUACCAAAGGAAAACGUGGUCGACCUUCGAAUACCAAUCGUUCAUCUCCACGUCAACAACAAUCAAUAAAUUCUCCUAAAGUAGAAAUACUUCCUACUCGUGUAUCAUCUCGUCGUAGUCGUAAAAUUCUAUCAACACCAUUAUCUCCAUCAAAUAAUACAAAUCAUUCAUCAAAUUCAUCUUCAACUGAUUUACAAUCUACUACGAACAGUCCUUCUGUGAAUCUCAUCUUAAGUCGACAUCAACAGCAAUGGACUACAAUCCCUAGUAAUAAUAAUAAUAAUAAUAAUACUAUCACAUCGACUAAUCAAAGAUAG